GUAGCUGCAUAGGUUGCUUUGGCAGUUUUAUCCUUUUUUACUUCAAUAUGGUCUUACAAGCUCUGGCAUGAAGAUAGCUAUAAAGCAGCUGGAGAAUGGAAAAUAUGUGGUAAAAAUCAAAUAUGACAUGUUCAUCCUGGAUAGGAAUGUGCUUCUCGGUUAUACAACUAUCUUUCUGUAUUUAACUGCAUUUACAAGAUUUGUCUUGUUACAUUCUUGGGAGUUCACAGGUUAUUUGACACUCCCUCAGGCUAUAAAUUAUGGGCACAUGCCUACUGAAGUGUGAUUUAUUAUUUUUAUAGAAAAAACCCCAACCCUUAUAUCCCACGUUUCGCUGGAAAGAGGCUUCUUUGUGCACCAAGCCUUUAAAUUGUGAGCAGCCACUUACUGCUUUCGCAUUUUCUGAUCGUGUUGCUCAAGGAUCUCAGUCAACUCCUCUCACCAUGAAGAGCUUUGCUCUUCUUUUCCUAGUAGUGUUCUGUGGCAUGGGAGGAUUGGGUCAGAAGCUGAAGCCAAAGAAAAGAAGCAAUGGUGAAGAAAUCAAUUUUCGGACUAAAACCAAAGAUGUUUGCACAAUGAGCAUAAGUGGGGACGAGGAGAUGAAACUUAGAAUUGAAUGCAAAAGCCAAGGCAUGUCCUACUGGUGUGAAUUUGCUGGCAAGCCAUCAGUCUGUCGUGCUUUCAGAAAAAACCCAAAGAUUUACUGGAAUCAGAUCGCCAUGGAACUCAGAAAGCUCCCGCACGCUUGCGAAUCCACACAAGUGUUGAAGACCACCAUGUGCCAAAAGGCUCCCACAGAGGCUCUCAUGAAGCAAAUAGCUACUGGUAUGGAGCCAGAAGAUCUAGCAAACCAGGAGAAAUCAGUCCAGAAAACUUCUACUUCUAUGAGGGGAGCAGGGAGAAGCUCUGUUAAGAAAAUAGGGAAACCUCCAAUGCUACCUCUUAUAAAACCAACCCAACAUGGUCAAGGGUCUGAAAAUGAAACAGAAGCGAUGAAAUUGGCACGGGAACAUUGCUGGGAAUCCCUGCAUGGUUUCUGCUCCUACAUUAUUGGCAUCUUUAGAGGUUAAGGAUUUGCUUCAGAGCAAAAUUUUUACAGCUGAAGAAGGGUCC